AAUACUUCUUAUUUUUUAAAUUGUUAUAUUUUAAUUAACAUUUGUAAUUAUAUCCGCUAGAUGUCAGCAAUUCAAGCUCUCGAGCAAAUGCGAGCCAAUUUAUGUUUAGCCUCAAGUUAUGUGCAUGUUGUAUAUAAUGGUUUCUUUUUUUUUAUUAAAAAUCAACAUCGUAUGCGCAAACUCAAUCUCAUUGUAGAUGUCAAUAUAGCGCUUUACGCUUCAUAGUAUAAUUUAUGCAGUAUCGUAUAUAUGAAAUUUAUAGGCAGCGAAUAAAAGGAAAUGCUCAUGCCCAAGAAAUACAGAUAAAACUAACGUUCAGACACAAAGGUUCAAACGAAUUUUCUUCUCUUUCUCUCACUCAGUCCUUUCCCUCUUUCUAACACUCCUCUCUUUUUCUUUCUCCCUUCUCGUAGGAAGAGGGGAGGCCUAGAAGAGAAGCGCUCUUUAACACCACACCGAAGUCUAUCUAGUGAGUUCGUGUUGUGUGUGCGAGUUUGUAUCGACUUUCUAGGCUUUCAAAAUUGUAAAAACUUAAAUAUCAUGGCAACAGCACCAAUUGGAACUAAAACAGAUUCUGUAGAUCCAGCUACUCUAGACUUUAAAAGUCGUAGCAUAGAGCAAGCCGUGUUACCGCUCGUAUCGAAGAUUUCGAAAUUGGUCUCACAUAGAGACAGGCCGUUCCGUUCCAAAAGGAAUCCCGGAGUGUUAGCUCGAGUUGGUCAGGGUGUAAAUCUUGCUGUCGAGAGGUUUGUAACCGUCGCCGAAACCAUAGCUGACGACAAUCUUGAAGUCAAACAAGCUAUGUACGAGGCAUGCAAAGAGGCAAGAAUCGCUGGAUCAACCAUUGAAAAACUAUGUGAAUGCGCAAUAGAAGAAAGCCUAACAGAUAGAGAGGCAGUAAUGCGAGCUGCUAAAUGUCUUUUAGGUUCGAUAACACGGGUACUUUUACUUGCCGAUAUAACUGUUGUUAAACAAUUGCUGACGGCUAAGGAUAAGGUAGCACGUAGUCUUGGGCGUCUUGAAAGCGUAUCUAAUUUUACGGAAUUUGUCAAAGCCUUCAGCCAAUUUGGUGCCGAAAUGGUAGAAUUAGCUCAUAUGACAGGUGAUCGACAAAAUGAUCUGAAAGAUGAAAGACGAAGAGCUCAAAUGGCUGCAGCCCGCCAAGUACUGGAAAGAAGUACAAUGAUGCUUCUUACAUCAAGUAAGGCAUGUUUGAGGCAUCCGGAAUGCCCUUCUACGAAAGAAAACAGGGAUACGGUUUUUUGCCAGAUGAGACGAGCAAUGGACCUUAUUCAUUAUGUUGUAAAAGAUGGAGUAUUAGACUGUAGCGAAUCCUCAUACUCAAAUUCACAAAGCUCACAACAAGAAGACUGGGUCAGCACUACCGUCUUUUCAUCACUUAAGCAUUUCGAGAGAAUUGUGGAGUCAAUUAGGAUGACAUUACUGAGUGCUGGCUGUCGUGAAACCCUUACCUCAGCGCUAGAUGUCGUGGUUGAGCGUACUCAGGACUUUACAGACAGUGCAUAUACAAGUCACGAGCAUCGUGAAAAUAUUCUUUUGUUAUGUGAUAGAGCAAAACUUGAACUCAAUACUCUGUUACGAGUCGGUAACAGUAUGAACUUCGAUACAAAUAACAGUGGUUCACCAAACGCAGAACUAGAUCAGACAAUACUAGGUGUCCUUAGAGCUACUCGUGACCUUCGCCAACAACUAUGUCAAACAACACUGGAACAGGCUGGUGAUCUUGGACAAGUGACCAAAGCUGGACAAGAACUUGUAUCGAGCAUCCGAAAUCUUGCAUUCACUAACGAUAUCAACAAAUUACAAGAAAACAGUGAUCGUUUCCAUGAAUACAUUGAGCACAUUCUUGAAGUUUGCAAACUUUUAAGACACAUUGCUCUUUCUGAAUCACUUCAAGUUUCAGCGAAGUUUACAGAAAUUAAUUUACGAAUAUAUGGACCCCAAGUAAUUACAGCAGCCUAUACAUUGGCAAGGUAUCCUACUAGUAAAAUUGCUAAGGAAAAUUUAGAAGUAUUUGCGGAUAUGUGGCAAUGGCUAAUGUCAGAUGUAACAACCGUGGCAAAAGAUGUUCUUGAAUUAAGUAAAAAUCGCUCUGAGAAGCAAGUGUACAUGUCACUCCCAAGGCCAGGAAAACAUGGCACAACUAGUAAGCCUUUAAAACCUGUAAGACUAGAUAGUGAAGAACAAGCAAAAAUUGCAAAGGCUGGUUUGGAAAUGAAACGUAUAACUUCAGAGAUGGAUGCAGAAACAGAAAAAUGGCAAGAGAAUGGUACAGCUCUGGAGGAGAAUAACGAUAUAGUUAAACGAGCAAAAAAUAUGUCAUCAAUGGCUUUCUCUAUGUAUCAAUUUACUCGUGGCGAAGGAGCCUUAAAAACUACUCAAGAUCUCUUUACUCAAGCUGAAUAUUUUGCAGAGGAAGCUAAUAGACUGUACAAAGUUGUGAGACAAUUUAGUUACCAGGUACCAGGUGGACCUCACAAAAAAGAACUUCUUGAAAAUCUUGAUCGUGUACCAACAUAUGUACAACAACUUCAAUUUACUGUUAAGAAUCCUACUGUGGGAAAAGCUGCAACAUUCAUAAAGGUUGAUAAUGUUAUACAAGAAACAAAAAAUCUUAUGAACGUUAUAUCAAAGGUUGUAACUACGUGCUUCGUUUGUGCCACAAAAUACAAUUUGGAUUUCCGAGGACUUUCAACGCGUGGGGCUGGCGCUUCACCAUACCGAAGCGGAGACGGACUAGGCGUCGAUGGCGAUGGAAGUGGUGUAGUAGGUGAUGGUAGCAAGGCAGGUUCUACCCCUGGCAGCGAUCCAUCUGUCUGACAGUUUGGAAUGGCCCGACGGGCCAAGGGGGAUGCUCGCCGCACACGGGUUUCCUUUUUGCUUUUUUAAGCGAUUCUCAUUUUUACCCCACUGCACAAUACAUUCACAUUUUUAUUU